CAGUAAGAGAAAUCGAACCCAGCUUAAUGCGUCCAAAGAUGGCCCAACUAUCUAAUCAAAAUAUUUGUGGUGGGCAAUAGGUUGGGUGAGUUUUGGUUUCGAAUUAACUCACCCGCUUAUUAGUGGUUGGGUUGUGUGUUAACCCGCAAAAAUAAUUAUUCAACUGAUCAUUAAAAAAUUUUACUGACAUUUAUAAUAAAUUCUUACAGAUUAGUAAGACUAUAUCAAUUUAAAAACUCUCACUUUAUCUCAUGUGAAUCUGUGUACUAUUUGCAUAAAAAAUUCAAGUACUCCAUAAAUUGUGUAAAAAAACUAACACAUUUUGCGACUUAAUACAAUUAAUCGUUUAUAAUAUAUAUCUCAAUAUAUAAUGGGUAUUACACAACACAAUACCCAGUAAUAGUAGUCCAAACAUUUUCUUUAUACUCCACCUUUAGAACUAGAUGGUCAGUGUGUAGUGCGGUUAGAAAAUAUGAUGAAUAUUUUUUAGUAUAAGAAACAACAUUUUGUCAUGUGAAAAUAUGGUGCAGGUCAUUCGUGUGAACCCGAAAUCCAUCUAUCACCCACCCACAUAAGUGCGGGCAGGAGAUUUAUCAAUCCACAAUUUACCCAUAUGAACCACGCCCUGCCUCCGGGUCGGGUUAUUUGCAGGUGGAUUGAUGACAACCCGCGAAUUAGUCAUCCGCGUGCCCACCCCUACAAAAUAUCAUCCUUUGUUUGUUUUUUUACAAUAAAUAAUAAAUAUCAUCAAUCGCUAUUCACUCAUCAUACUUAAAUUCUCAUAGUAUAAAAACCAAACCGAAUCAACGACAAUAAUUAAAUUCGUUUUGUUCAAAUUAUAGUGAGCCAACUUUAUGAAAUACUAACUAACAAAUUGGUUACUAAACUAUCAAUAAUAAAAUUCACUUUCACCAUCAACGUCAAGCAAUUGAUCUAUUAAUAAUCCGAGACUCUAAUGACUGAAAACAUAAAAUUACUGAAUUGACUCCAAACUAGCACCAUACGUUUUUUUUUUUUUUCACAACUAGCGCCAUACGUUAGAUUCCCCAAAAGCCAAAAACAUAGAUAUCAAACUGUAACUUCCAUGUUCCAUCAAAUAUCAUUUCAUGCCAUUUCAAUUCGCCGAACGACUGAACACGCGAAGCGCAUUUUUGGCCGUCUAUUGUUAUUUUUUUCCUCCAUUGCCGAAGCCCGAUCAUUCUGCUGUACUACUAUGUGUGCCAUAUUCCCCUGGAAGUCGGCAUCUUCGUCCCUACACUUUGUUUCCUUGUGAUCGAAUCUCCAGUCCGUUUUCAUCCUCCCUUGUUCUUUCAGUUCCCUUAAGAAUCCAAAAUAAACCUGGGUUUCUUCUCCCACAUCCUUUUGUUACCCUCUACACGAAUCACUAUAUAGUCUCUGAAUGCUCCCUUACGUACUGAUAUAUCCCUGUUACUGGUUUUAGCUAUUAGAGGUGACUGAGAGUGAUAUCUGUUCACUUGGGUCUUUCUUCGUUGCUCGGAUCAAUGGACUCCAAGCAAAAAGUUCGAGGAUUUUCCUGCUCGAUUCACCAGAUUGGGAAUCUGGGUCUCCAGCUGCUGUGGAGUUUGGUACACCUACUUAUCAGCAUAGGUUACUUUGUAGUUGCUGCUGCUGCAGCUGUUGAAAGCUAUCUGAUCUCCAGUGGGUUGCUAACUCGUUACAAAGUGCUUAACAUCAGCAAGCUCAAGUACUUGGCGAUCGUGAUAGAGAGUGAUGAUGCUGUUCAAACUUCUAAGGUUGUUCAGCUUUUGAGGUGGCUGGAAGUUAUGGGCGUCAAACGAAUGUGCCUAUACGAUGCACAAGGAGUGCUUAAGAAAUCAAAAGCUUCAAUAGUGAAGAUGUUGGACAAUGCAGUUCUCUUUGAGGAACUUGAUGAGAAAGAUUUGCUUGAAAAGCCAAAAUGUAUGGCUCUUGAAUUUGCUUCCAUGUCUGAUGGAAAGGAAGGGGUCGUCAAGGCUGCAAACCUGCUGUUUGCCAAGUAUAUGGAACUUGGAAACCGUGAUGGGCUGGAUGAUGAGUUUUUUACGGAAGCUCAAGUCGGGGAGGCAUUAAGAGCUGUAGGUUGCAAGGGGCCAGAACCUGACCUAUUAUUAGUUUAUGCACCGGUGAGAUGCCAUCUUGGUUUCCCUGCUUGGAGAACUCGAUACACCGAGAUAGUCCAUAUGGGAUCAUUGAAGUCCAUGAGACUUGGCUCCUUGACCAAGGCAGUUUACAAGUUCACUAGGGUGCGCCAAAACUACGGGAAAUGAGUGGCCAACGCAAGAGGGGAAUGGACAUUUCCAGCAGAAGACCAUGGAUGAUCUGAAAUUGCAGCGAACUCGGGCUCUCGAUACAAGCAUAUUUUUAUUGUUCUGUAUUCAGCUCUCGUAAACCAGGAUUUGGCUGUAUCAUCUUUGUGCUAUACUUAGGAAAAAGAAUGAGAAGUCUCCCUACACUCCAUGGCGCUAUUAUUAUGCUCCCUAUAUUUGCUGUAACUUAGUGAAACAGCUGGGGUAAAACUCCUGAUGCUCUCUUCAUCUAUUGCCCUGCCUUUCCUUGGUGCGUGCAUGUGUGCUGUAAUAACAAAAAAUGCACUGAAACGAAGACUUAAUAAAAGGAUUUGGCAUUGCCCUAGUGCAAACUUACAGCCUCCAUUCUGAUUCAGGAUGAAGAAAAUACAAUACAAUGACAUGUUUAUCUGCUAACAUGAUCUGAAGUUCAGGGACAUAGUUUUUUUCAAAGGUAUUCUGUGACCUACUUCAUACAUUAUCCUUCAUCUAAGUUCAGUACUCUGUUUCCAGAAUGCCAUCAAUCAACCCGAACUCCAUUGCCUGCAAUCCACAGAGCAGGCAAAAGAUCACAAAAAUCAACUAGCAGGGGCAAGAAAAUCUCAGAAGUUCAAAUUCCGAGUACAAGUGGUUCCUAAUUUCUGUAAAUGUCAAAUCGUCCAGCUUGGUGCUCGGAAUCCUUAUCAUAGGCUAAGUUCACUAUAACAUUGAAUUCGGAAUUGGGCAGGGGCAGGGGCAAGUUCUAUUUAAAGUGAUGGAAGCAGUUAUCAUUCACUUACUUUCUCCCAUUCCUUUUAACAAUUCGGAAACCAUGGCAAUUCAAAUCUGACUGGAGUAGUUGUGACAACAUACCUCUGAUGUAGACAGGAACCUAUCUCUCUCUGUGUACUGUUGCACAGUCUCGAGAGGUUGGCCAGUAAAUGCAGCAUACAUCUUGUCAACUUUCUGCACCCCAAGUGCCAAACAUAUCAGAUUCAAUGGAACACAAAGCUUUGAACAGCGAAAACAUUCUUUAAACGAUAUAAGCAGUUUCACAAACGACCUUCCCUCAGCCAAGAAGAAGAUUCCAUUGUUAAGUCUACUUCAAGCACUCGGAAUGAACUGAUAGUUUAUUUUCUCAGCUUUCUAGGAGAUCAGUGUACAUAAAAUAAAUUCUAGAGACAGGG